CGCGUGACACACUCACGCCUCAGGCCAACGGCACAUGGGAUCGACUCCGUGCUUAUAUGUGAGAUUCCCCAGUCAGACAUUGUCAUGUAUUUACAGCAGCGUAGAGUGGUGCAAGGUCUGAACUGAGGCCUGGCAACCCCACAAACGCUUAGCGAGAAGUGGUACUUACGUACCCAGCCCAGUGCGAGACCUCGGCGCAUCACCGCUACCACCCAUCACGAAAAAAAAAACCUUGGGUCCCGCCAAUUCACCUCGAGCCCGCCCUGCUCUCGCGACCACGUCGCCAGUUUCCGCCAUGAGCUGGCCUCUCUACCUCGCCAUGCCGGCCGUGCUCAUUGUGGCCAUGCGGCUGCUGUCGCUCGUCUUGCCUGCGAAGCCCGCGCAGCUACUCUCGUAUUACGCUUUCGCAGCUAGCUCCUUCAUCCUCAUGGGUUUCUGUGCCUUGUACGGCACCCUCGUAGCCAUACCUCUGCGCAUCAUUGGGUAUGGAGGCCUGAUCCAAUGGUCGGUGGGACGGGCCUUCAAGUGGUGCAUGUGGUACGGAACCGGUGUGACAUUUAGGAUCACAGGCAGCAUGAAGAAGGAGGGUGGUGUUAGCGGCGAGGAUGCGCUCAAGGACCGGCCCGCCGUCUUUGUGGGCAACCAUCAGACCGAACUCGAUGUCCUCAUGCUAGGCUGCAUGUUUCCCAAGUACACAUCCGUCACGGCUAAGAAGUCACUCAAGUACACGCCACUUCUGGGUUGGUUCAUGGCGCUGUCCAAGACCGUCUUCAUCGACCGUGCAAACCGCACCACCGCGCGCGCCGCAUUCGACACGGCCGCUCAAACCAUGCGGUCGACACGCCAAUCCGUCUUCAUUUUCCCCGAGGGAACUCGCUCCUACGCCUCCACCCCCGAUCUCCUCCCCUUCAAGAAGGGCGCCUUCCAUCUCGCCGUACAAGCACAAGUCCCCAUUGUACCAGUCGUCUGUGCAAACUACUCGCACGUGCUGAACGUAAAGGAACAGAAGUUUCAGCCGGGCGUGGUUGAUGUGACUGUCCUCCCGCCAAUACAGACAAAGGGACUGGGUGCUGAGCAUGUGGAUGAUUUGGUCAAGAGGACAAGAGAUGCCAUGAUGGAUGAACUGAUUCGUCUGAGUCACAUUUCUGGCGCUGGUAACGGUGAACCCCUACCCAGAACCAGCGGAAUAGACCAGUCGCGCAGUGAGUUGAGGAAGAGGAAUUAAGGUAGCAUCAUUGUCUGAGCCUUUAUUGGCUAGGACACCAAAGAGGCGUUCAUGGUGUGCAACAAGAGGCCUGGAAUAACCACAGUGGUUGCUCGACAUCCAACAGCCCGAAUAGGAGGCUGAGUGCAUACGGCGUGUGUGGCGUUCAGUGGUUUCAGGUUUGGGUUUCCAUCACUGCAUAUUGAUAUCCUAGAGAAGAGGCAUGUUCAUUCUCGGGUUGGGCGUAUAUAUCUUCGUGCUCUCUAUUCAGCAAAUGCAAAAAUUCACUUAUUCAACAAUCUCUCACAUGUAUGCAGUAAGAGCCGUAUUAGAUUUCCUGAGUAGGAGGGCAACUUGUGUAGGAUUUACGUCACACUAAUAGACACGUGAGAAG